UCAGCGGUUCUAUGAAGGGGGCGUCAGUAGUCCUUUACAUGCGUCCAGGUAUAAAAGGAAAGGGUUAAACCAGGUUUGAAAGCAAUCCAGAGCAAGAGCAACAACUCAUCUGCAGUCAACAUGAGCAACACUGGCAUGAGCAUGAGGGGAAAGAUCAUCUUCUACGAGGACAGGAACUUCCAGGGUCGCUCCUAUGAGUGCAUGAGCGACUGUGCUGACAUGUCCUCCUACCUGAGCAGGUGUCACUCCUGCAGGGUGGAGAGCGGCUGCUUCAUGGUCUAUGACCGUCCCAACUACAUGGGAAACCAGUACUUUUUUAAGAGGGGCGAGUAUGCUGACUACAUGAGCAUGACUGGAUGGAGAGACUGCAUCAAGUCUUGCCGUAUGAUCCCCAUGCACAGGGGAUCCUACAGGAUGAAGAUCUACGAGAGGGAGAACUUUGGUGGUCAAAUGCACGAGCUAAUGGAUGACUGUGACUCCAUCAUGGACCGUUACCGUAUGUCUGACUGCAUGUCCUGCCAUGUGAUGGAUGGCCACUGGCUGAUGUACGAGCAGCCUCACUACAGAGGCAAGAUGAUGUACAUGAGGCCUGGAGAGUACAGGAGCUUCAGGGAGAUGGGAUAUGGAGGCACGAGAUUCAUGAGCAUGAGGCGCAUCAUGGACUCCUGGUAUUAAAUACGUCCGGGUCAAUGCAACUCAAUAAAACUGUUCAAGACUA